AUGAUAAGUCGAGACACUGGGUUCUAAGAUCUGGAGAGUGGGAUUUAGAGCAAUAAUUUAUCGUCAGGACAAUUGGUGGAUUUGGAAUAAAAUAGCCCAAUUAAUGGACAAUAGUUAGAUCCAACUCUAGAGUUUUCUUAAUUAUAAUAACUCGAAGCUCUAAGAAUGAAGAGAGAUAUUUUUGACUAUAGUCAUAAGCAAGCAUUAAAUUUAGGAAAUAAAUCGGAUAUAAAUGAGGAAGAUUGUUUAAUGAGUAAUCUCAGUGGAAAAAGAAGUGAACCAUAAGGUUCGAUCAGUUCUAUAAGCUGUAAUAUAAAGAAGCAGAAGCUUACAAAACCUCCUAAGCAGAGGUCAAAUAAAACCAUUUAGUUCUAAUAAAAGCUAGAUUAAGAUGAUUUUGUGAUUGGAUCAGCAAAAAAUCAAAGCGGCACUAAUAUUUUAGGAAUAAAAUCAGAUGCUAAGAUAGUAAAAUAUUAGACAUUCGUUUAAUAAUUGGAGGAGGAGCAGGAGUAAAAUGAGAAAAAAAAAAUAGCAUAAAUACAUCGUGAUACAAUCAAACAAUAAUCGUUAGUUUUAAGAGGGAAGAGUCGGGAAAUGAAAACAGGAUUAAAUGAAGUUUGGUCAUAGAAAGCGUUAAUAAUUAUUAGAUUAGUAUCUCGUUUCAUCUAGCAAUUAAAGACGAAAACAGAAAGAAUAAAAUUUAGGCUAAUAACUUAAAGAAUAUUUGAAGUCAUCUGCGAUAAUAGUGCGAAUUUCGAAUAUAUGUUAAUAAAUAGAUUAAUCAAGCAAAAACCAAGCUUAAGAUUAAUAAUAUUUCACCAAUUUUAAAGUCGAGCUCUAACAAUGUUAAACACUUUAGAAUCUGUUAACGACUUUCUGAGUAAAUAUAUCAAAGUCAUAAAACCUGAUAGUUUGUUUAAGAUAGUUUGGGACAUUGUCCUAUUAUUAUUUAUUGUUGUUAACAUAUUUUAUAUUCCAAUUUACAUUAGCUUUGAUGUGAGAUCAUCUGGUUUAUUUGAAUGGAUAUUUGAUUUAUUGCCCUCAUGGGUAUUUAUUGCAGAAAUCCUAUUAAACUUCAACACUGCAUAUUAUGAUAAGGGAUUGAUGCAUGAAGAUAGAAAACAAAUCAUGAAGCAUUAUGUAAAGGGUAAUUUCUUUUGGGAUAUCAUUGUUGUGAUUCCAUUUUUGAUUUCUUAUUUGGAUAUCCCAUUUGUCAGAUAUACGUUAUUAUUGCGGCUUACACGAUUAUCACCCUUAAUGACAAGUAUUGAGGAAGUGCUGAAUUUGGAAGACAGUCUUUAAAUAUUUCUGGACUUAUUAAAAUUAAUCUUCUUUCUAUUAUUAACUGGCCAUUUUUGUGGAUGUGCCUGGCAUUGGGUUGCAAUAAUCGAAUAUCAAAAUUAUGGAUAAGAAAUAACUUGGCUUACUCAUUAUGAACCUAAUGCUAUGAACUAUGAAUGGUUUGAUAGAUACAUAAUCUCCUUAUAUUGGAGUGUGAUUACUACUGUUACUGUUGGUUAUGGUGAUAUCGUUCCAGUGACUACAGUAGAGAGAGUUUUUGUUAUAGUAGUGACCUUGUUGAUUUGUGGAGUGUUCGGUUAUUGCUUAUCUAAUAUUGGAAACAUAUUUAAACAAAUCACAGAUAAGAAGGCUAUAUACAAAUAAAGAAUAAGAGAAAUCAAUUAGCACAUUAGGAAGAGGGGUCUUAGUUAUAAUUUGCAAUUAAAAGUCAAAAAGUAUUUUGAAUAUUUCUUGAAGGUGAAGCAAGAGGAGGAUCAACAUGCAGAGCAAUUUAUAGAACAACUAACUAAACAUCUUCGAGAAGAAGUCUUAACUGACAUCUAUAGAAAGACACUCAAACAAUCCAGAUUUUUAAGGGAAAAUUUCAGUGAAGAAAUUCUGAAUCGAUUAUGUUAGAUAGUGAAAGAGACAAAAUUAUACCCAGAAUAAGUACUUUUUUAGAGGAAUGACUCUCCUAAGGCAUUGUGGUUUAUUCUGUCAGGAGCAGUUGAGUAUGUUGCCGAUCAUUAAAAUGAAGAUGAACACUAUUACACUGAAACAUUCUUAAAGAAACUAACUCAAGGAACAGUGAUUGGUGAAAGAGAAUUCAUAUCUCAAACUCCAUAUGAAUAUAAUGCUAGAGCUACUAAAUUUACUUAAUUGUUAGUUGUCGAUUAUUAACAAUUCUAUUUAAUUUUGUAAGAAAAUAAUGAUGAAUUUGAAAAGUAUUGUUUAGCCAAAGAUAAUUUAUUGUUUAAUAGCAAUUAUAAAGCAUUUGGCUAAAUUUGUGAAAUUUGUGGAUGGACUCAUCGAUUUAUUUAAUGUCCUUUCGUGUUUUUAUAACCAAAUAAAAAUAAAAUAGCUAGUUCCUUUGUUUCAACUAAAACAAAUAAGAGAUUAGCAUUUCCAUAUAGGACACUUCCAAAAACGAAUUGGAGAAAUAAUGUGCCUGAAGUAUAAGAGGCAGCUUUAGGCUACAUCGUAUUAAACAAUAUCAUACCAGAAAAGUACUUAUUAUAUCAUCAUUCAAGAGAAAUAAAUGAUAAUUAUCUCGUUAAUUUGGGUUUUGAACUAAAUGAGAGGGAAGACGAACUCUCCAAAAUUGUACCCAAUAAAAAAAACUCGGUGUCCAAAGAUCCAAAAAUCUUAUCUCAAUAUGAUAACACGUCUCUAUAAUAACCUAUCUAAUAACCCUCUAUAUAAACUGUCUUGCAAGAUUAGAAGUCACAAAAUUAGACUGCUAUGUUUCACAAAGAUGGAUAAAAGAUAAAUCUGACAAAUGAAAGCAUUAUUGAUUGGGAUUAAGGAAGUUAAUUACGAAAAAGCAUGAAUAGAAUCAAAUUUUAAGGACUUGAUAGAGGAAGAACACUCUAAUCAAUUAAGGGAAAACAUCAUCAAAAUAAUGGAGGAGGAGUCGAUAUAUUAGAAGAAUCCAUGAUCUAAGAAGAAGUCUAGAUUUAAAAUACCAAUGUUGGAUCAUAAAAAUUUAUUCACAAUAAACUUAAAAUGGUGAAAAGCAAGCAUAAUAAUCAAAAUGCAAUUGGAAUUAGAAAAGUAUCGUGGCUUGAGUUCGAUAGUGGGCCCAAUUAAUAUUAAGAUGGGAAAGUUGGCCAACAGCUGUUUAAUAAAUAAAUUAGCAAAGGAAGCGAUACGAACUUCGAUUAACCUCCUCCUGUAAACUAAUGUGAAAAUGAAAUCAAAUAGAGAAUCGAAGCCAGAGAGAAUAGCAUUAUUUCCAAGAAAACAAAUACUAAGUAACAAAUAACUUCAUUUCUUAGUAUCGAUAUAAAUAGAAGAAAAAAACGAAGAAAAACUACUUAACUUUUAUAAUUUUUUUAAGGUAUCGAUGGUGGAGAUAAUAAAUCAACAAAAAAGGUUGAUAAAAGUCUAUUAGGAAAUGAUGUGUACAGUUCUAGUCUGUAUACAAAUGGAGGACCUAAUAAUAAUACUGGCUUAAUGGAUUCGAAUAAUAAAGAUAAUAAUAAUGCAGAUAAUAAUAGUGUACAUGUUGCUCAUUCAUUCGAUGGAAUUUAAAAAAGAAUCUAAGAUAUUGUUCAUGUCCAUUUUGAAAUGGAAUUGGAUAGAUAUAAAUCAUCACAAUAUUAUUUCCCUGAUUACAAUGUAGAAAUAGUAUUAGAAAAAAUCGCUGUGUAUUAUGAAAAAGUUAAUGAUAAAAAGUUUGACAUGAGAGAAAUGAAAAGAACAAAAACCAAUCUCACUCUAUUUGAUAGAAUUAGAUAAGCAAAAAAUCCAACUAUUAGAGGAACUUUUGUGGAUAAAUCCCUUUAAGAAAAUGAUUGA